UCACGGAUGUCCCCAAGUGACCGGACGGAGUACACAAAUGUCAAGUCUUGAAGUGAAGAAUAUGAUUUGAACGACUCGGAGUUUCCUCGUCGCCGAAACUGUUGAAACGACGCGAUGGACGAGGCGAAGUUCCUGAAGAGGAAGGUGCGAUCUGGAACCUUGGAUGUCCAUCCGACGGAAAAAGCUUUGGUCGUCAACUACGAUGUCGAAGCUCUCAUCUUGGGAGAAUUGGGUGAUCCGAUGUUGGGCGAUAGAAAGGAAUGUCAGAAAAUCAUCCGAUUGAAGAGUUUAAAUGCAGAUACAAAUGUUGCUCUGUUGGCGAGGGAAGUUAUGGAGAAGUGUAGUCUCAUACACGAGUCAAAAUUGCCAGAAGUGGAACAGCUGAUCUAUUACUUGCAGACUAGAAGAACACCGAAUGAAAAUGCUGGUGAGGGUAAUUCUCAGCUACCAAGACCGAUGUCCUCCUGCUGUGGAAACUCAGAAAACAGUGACACAGAGCGUGCCGUUAUCAGUAAUAUCGAUGGAUAUAUUGAACUCCUAUACGAAGAGAUUUCUGAUAAAAUAAAAGGCUCUUCAAUGAUUUUACAACUAGCCCGAGUACCAGAUAAUCUGCUUGAAUUGACAAAAAAUGAAUCACUGUUGAGUGCAUUGGCAAGAGUUCUAAGAGAAGAUUGGAGACGCAGCAUCGAACUCUCCACAAAUAUAAUUUACAUUUUCUUCUGCUUUUCAACAUAUAGACAAUUUCAUAACAUUGUGCUUGAAUAUCGAAUUGGCUCUUUAUGCAUGGACAUAAUAGACUUCGAACUUCACCGUUAUGACCAGUGGAAAGACGAUAUGGAAAAAAGAAAGCAGCAUUACGAAGAUAUUACAGGAUUCGCAUUAUCCCUAAUCACGAAUGGAAGCAAGUCUGAUAAGAAAGUUAAAAUUAACGAAGACGUCUGGUCCACGGAAAACCCUUUAGAUCUGGAAAUUAAAAGGAAUUCUGUUGAGAUGCCCAUAAAUCUCCCUGAAAGCGAUUUAAAAAAAAUUAAGGAAGAACUUGAAAAAAUCAGAAAGAAGUUCAAAAGUUUAACUAAAAAGCAAGAACAAUUGCUGAGAGUCGCAUUCUAUCUGCUACUAAAUAUCGCAGAAAAUACAGAAGUGGAGCGUAAGAUGCGAAAAAAAAAUGUGAUCGGUAUGCUGAUCAAGUCUUUAGACAGAACAAAUAGUGAUCUUCUGAUUUUGGUGGUUACAUUCCUGAAGAAACUCUCCAUUUUCCGGGAAAAUAAAGAUGUAAUGGCUGAAGGAAACAUUAUCGAGAAGCUACCUCGGCUCCUUCAAAACAGUAACUCCGACCUGAUUUUCAGCACUUUACGGCUACUUUUUAAUCUCUCUUUUGAUCCAAAACUCAGAGGGAAAAUGAUCAGAGUUGGAUUGCUACCGAAAUUGGUAAAAUUACUCAGUCAAGGUGACAGCAAAUAUGAAACGACUAUCUUAGGACUUUUGUAUCACUUAAGUAUAGAUGACAAAGUGAAGCCUAUGUUCGCGAAUACUGAUUGUAUUCCCAUGGUGACCGAUAUGAUUCUGGAGUCAAAAGAUGACCAGCUAAAGCCGGAAUUAAUAGCGCUAUGUAUAAAUCUAGCGGUAAACAGUAGAAACGCUCAGUCAAUGGUGGAGAAUAAUCGUUUACAAGGUCUUGUACAAAAGGCAUUUCAAUGUCAGAAUUCUCUUAUCAUGAAAAUGAUUAGGAACAUCUCGCAGCACACUACCACCAGAGAAAAUUUAGUGGAAUUCGUGGGGGAUUUUGCAAAAGCUCUCACUAAGUCAGAUUCCGAAGACUUUGUCUUGGAGGUGGUCGGUGUACUAGGAAAUUUGGUCAUGCCUGAUCUCGAUUACUCUCAAAUCCUCCAACGAUGUAAUCUUGUACCUUGGAUCAGAAACAAUUUGGUUCCUGGGAAAGCACAGGACGACUUAGUCUUGGAAGUUGUUAUUUUUCUGGGAACCGCUGCUUGUGACGAAGACUGUGCAAGAUUGUUGUGCAAAGCAGAUAUUCUCCUGUCUCUUAUCGAAUUAUUGAAAGCAAAACAAGAAGAUGACGAGAUGGUGCUGCAAAUAAUCUACGUAUUCUACCAAAUUGCUAAACACGACUCAACGAGAGAUUAUCUGAUUCGCGAGACUAGUAAUGAGGCUCCUGGAUAUCUGAUCGACCUGAUGCACGACAAAAACCCAGCGAUUAGAAGAGUAUGCGAUGCUUGCUUAGAUAUCAUCGCAAUGUGCGACGAAGAUUGGGCUGCGAGAAUUAAGGUAGAAAAAUUCCGUUCGCAUAAUCAGCAGUGGCUCGAAAUGGUCGAAACUGUGACCCUGGAUCCUUCUACCCAUUUAAUUCCGGACGAAGACGACAGUCUGUCUCCAUUUCUAAGCGGAGAUCUACUGAAGCAUACCAUGCUUUUUCCGUCCAGUAAGACCGACGAUGGGGAUCUUCUAGCCAGAAAUUCCUCAGAAUCUUCGGAAAAUCCAAGCCGGCCAGUUAGUCGGUACAGCAGAGAUUUUGAAGAUCUUGUCGAUCCAAUGGUACGCUCCAAGUCUCGCAUGUCCCUGGGUUCAGGAUUAGACGAAUACUACAGGCAAUCAGCAAAGGUAAAAUUAACAGAAUCGGAUGGAUCGCACGUGCUCAUAUAAACGGUUGUUGGACGGGAUGCAACAGUUUCGUCAAAACGGGAAUUUCGUGAGCAACGACGAGAAGCCUAGACCUUGUAUUAUUAUUUAUUCAUCGCAGUAAACUGCUCUAGAUUAUUAACCGGAGCGUUUGCCUUUCGCAUUACAUCGUUGUGAUUAUCAUUGAAUCUAUGCAUUCCAAGCAUUGAAAGAACAUGCAACUAGUACACUGCGGAUAGUCUCAAACAUUCUAACGUAUAUUUUAUUAUGAUCGUAGCUUGAGAAACGAUUACACAGGAUGUCUACUUAAUUUUAGAACUUCUGUCGACUUGAAAACCUUUUUUGGAUAAAAAUUUGAUGGUUCUUCCACUGUUACAGAAAUUUUAGAGCAGAUCUGUUCAAGGUCAACAUCUGCUUUGGUGUAAUUCACUUUUUUGUUUUUUGAUUUUAAAGGGAAAAAAAAGAGAUCCUCCAUCAUUUACUAACCUAAAAUAUUUUCUCAGCCGAUGAAUGAUAAAGGAAUCUCUUUGAGAUCAUUAUAUUAAGUAGUUCAACCUGCGUAAAUAGGAUUACGUGUGCACGUAUUGCCGUAAGGCUAAUUACACAGUUUAAGAAAAUGCAGCACUCUUUAUGCGUUUAAUAAGUAGCUUUUUCAGAGGGUGUCGAGGGAACUCGACCCCUAGGCCUGAUCUCAUUUUACGACAUAAUUAAGUUACAAACAGCUUAGAAAAUGAAGACGAAAUGAGAGCAAUACUAUAGCCGGAAUACCGUUAGGUCUUUUCUUUUAACGAAUAUUUCUAGUCAAGACGGCACGCAUUUUUAACAAGAGGAGUAUCAUUUUAUCGUAACAUUUGUUAUACUCUAUGUAGAUUCUGUUCAAUUUGUCGAUUACCACUGUUAUUUUCUAUUUUUAACG